AGCUUCUGUGAACCAACUUUUCAAGGAAGAGCAAUGGAGACUGGAUGGAUGCACAAUCGGAGACAAAGGCAAGUCCUUGUUUUCUUUGUUUUGCUGAGCUUGUCUGGGGCGGGCGCCGAGUUGGGGCCCUAUUCCACUGUGGAAGAAACCGAGAGAGGCUCUUUUGUGGCAAACCUAGGGAAAGACCUGGGUUUGGGGUUGACAGAGAUGUCCAGCCGCGGGGCCAGGAUCAUUUCCCAGGGGAACAAACAGCAUUUGCAGCUCAAAAUUCAAACUGGGGAUUUGCUCAUAAAUGAGAAGCUAGAUCGAGAGGAGCUAUGCGGUCCCAUUGAGCCUUGUAUACUACAUUUCCAAGUGUUAAUGGAAAAACCCUUAGAAAUAUUUCAGGCUGAACUGAGGGUGAUAGAUAUAAAUGACCAUUCUCCCGUGUUCACUGAAAAGGAAAUGGUUCUAAAAAUACCGGAAAACAGUCCUCUAGGAAUUACGUUCCCCCUGAAUUAUGCUGUGGACUUAGACUUGGGAAGCAAUAAUGUUCAAAACUAUAAAAUUAGUCCAAGCUCCCAUUUCCGGGUUCUAACCCGUGAACUCAGAGAUGGCAGGAAAUAUCCUGAGCUAGUGUUGGAUAAAGAGCUGGAUCGGGAGGAGGAGCCUCAACUGAGAUUAACCCUGACAGCGCUGGAUGGGGGUUCUCCACCGCGAUCUGGAACCACCCAGGUCCGCAUUGAAGUGGUGGACAGCAACGAUAACGCACCUGAGUUUGAGCAGCCCAUCUACAAAGUGCAGAUUCCAGAGAACAGCCCCCUUGGCUCCCUGGUUGCCACCGUCUCCGCCAGGGAUUUAGACAGCGGAGCCAAUGGGAGAAUAUCAUACACACUCUUUCAGCCUUCAGAGGAUACUAGUAAGACUUUGGAGGUAAAUCCUAUGACAGGAGAAAUUCGACUGAGAAAACAAUUAGAUUUUGAAACGACUAUGUCUUAUGAAGUAGACAUCAAGGCCACAGAUGGGGGAGGUCUUUCAGGAAAGUGUACUCUUCUCCUGCAAGUGGUGGACGUGAAUGACAAUCCUCCACAGGUGACCAUGUCUGCACUUACCAGCCCCAUCCCAGAGAACUCGCCUGAGAUUGUAGUUGCUGUUUUCAGCGUUUCAGAUCCCGACUCCGGGAACAAUGGGAAGACGAUUUCCUCCAUCAAGGAAGACCUUCCCUUUCUUCUAAAACCCUCAGUCAAGAACUUUUACACCUUGGUAACGGAGAGAGCACUCGACAGAGAAGCAAAACCUGAAUAUAACAUCACCAUCACAGUCAUAGAUAUGGGGACUCCAAGGCUGCAAACGGAGUACAACGUAACUGUGCAGAUAUCGGAUGUCAAUGACAACGUCCCCGCCUUCACACAAUCCUCCUACACCCUGUUUGUUCGCGAGAACAACAGCCCCGCCCUGCACAUCGGCAGCGUCAGCGCCACAGACAGAGACUCAGGCACCAACGCACAGGUCACCUACUCGCUGCUGCCGCCCCAGGACCCGCACCUGCCCCUCGCCUCCCUGGUCUCCAUCAACGCGGACAACGGACACCUGUUCGCCCUCCGGUCGCUGGACUACGAGUCCCUGCAGGCGUUCGAGUUCCGCGUGGGCGCCACAGACCGCGGCUCCCCCGCGCUGAGCAGCGAGGCGCUGGUGCGCGUGCUGGUGCUGGACGCCAACGACAACUCGCCCUUCGUGCUGUACCCGCUGCAGAACGGCUCCGCGCCCUGCACCGAGCUGGUGCCCCGGGCGGCCGAGCCGGGCUACCUGGUGACCAAGGUGGUGGCGGUGGACGGCGACUCGGGCCAGAACGCCUGGCUGUCGUUCCAGCUGCUCAAGGCCACGGAGCCCGGGCUGUUCGGCGUGUGGGCGCACAAUGGCGAGGUGCGCACCGCCAGGCUGCUGAGCGAGCGCGACGCGGCCAAGCACAGGCUGCUGGUGCUGGUCAAGGACAAUGGCGAGCCUCCGCGCUCGGCCACCGCCACGCUGCACGUGCUCCUGGUGGACGGCUUCUCCCAGCCCUACCUGCCGCUCCCGGAGGCGGCCCCGACCCAGGCCCAGGCCGACUCGCUCACCGUCUACCUGGUGGUGGCGUUGGCCUCGGUGUCGUCGCUCUUCCUGUUCUCGGUGCUCCUGUUCGUGGCGGUGCGGCUGUGCAGGAGGAGCAGGGCGGCCUCUGUGGGUGGCUGCUCGGUGCCCGAGGGCCCGUUUCCAGGGCAUCUGGUGGACGUGAGCGGCACCGGAACCCUGUCUCAGAGCUACCAGUACGAGGUGUGUCUGGCGGGAGCUUCUGGGACCAAUGAGUUCAAGUUUCUGAAACCAAUACUACCCAAUAUUCAGGACCAAUCCCCUGUGCCAGAAAUGAAGGAAAACUCUAACUUUAGGAAUGACUUUGGUUUCAGCAUUCAACUAAAAUAAUCAGUUUCAAGGUGUAUAUUUUAAUGUUUAUGAUAAAUUUAGAGUAUGGCCUUUCUGUCAACGUAGUGUAAAUUCCAAAUUAUGCUAAACUUUCCAGUGGGACUUCUCAUGUUGUCGCUGUUUUAAAUAUAGUAUGUCAUCUUUUCUUCAUCAGUAUACCAAUUUGAAUUGUUCUAAAGCUUGCAAGUCAAAACACUGAUGAGGUCAAUAGUUGUAUAAAUACUAGUUCUGGAAUAGCCUGGGAGUAUAGAAGCGGGAGAAACAUGAGAAAUUGGUUCUACAUAAUCGGCUGCAGUUCCUUGUCGAUUUGUUUAUUAGUACUUUACAGGUAGUGCUGUAUACCAUUAAUUGUAUACAGAGCAGUAAUGCACUAAGGUUGCAGUGAAGUCUAAUCAGGAAGGAAAGAAAGCUAGUACAGUGAGAAUGUCUGGCUUCUGCUUUAUUGUAUCCUCGUACUACUUAUCUUCUUUGAUGCUCUUUUCUCUUAAAGUGUUAUAUAAUUUUUCUUCCUUUCGUUAAUAUAUCAAUAUUUAUUUUAAUAUAAUUAUUUUUAGUUGCUUUAUAUAUUUGUGUUGUUCAAAUAGGAGGAAACUUUCACCAUAUUUAUUUAGUGAGAUAAAGUAGCGUGGUAAUGAAAUGAACUUUUCUUCUUGGAGAAAUAUUGACCAUCUGUGAUGGAAUUUGCAAUGGCCACUCAUGUCCAUUUAUCUUUUCUUCUUUAAUGAUAGAUCUCAGAUUUCAUUUAGGGCAUUAGUUUGCUUAGUGAAAACAAUACAUUUUCUCAGCCUUCUUGGCUGGUAAAUUAAACAUACGACUGGGUUCUAGUGCAUGAGCUGUAUGUACAAGUGGUGUACUGACUUCCAAGAACACUAUUUAAAAGGAGAUAAUUCAUCUAGGAAGGGGGUCCCCUUUUCCUUCUCUAAGUGCUCCUUGUUUCCUGGAAUCUGUAUGACAUGACUAGUACCUCAGCCUUUUUGGCCUCUAAUAAUUGAAACAUUAAGGAUUAAGAUAGUAAAAAAUAAACUUAAAAGAUACAAGAGUCCCUGGUGAUCAUGGAGUCAUCAUGUCAUGUCUAAUUGCCUAUGUCUCAUUUUUUAAGCCUAUGAACUAUAAUUUUAAUUAAAAUAUUAUAUAUACUGUUAAAUGCACAGAUCUUAAAUAUAUAGUUUAAUCCAAUUUUAAGCUUUUAUUUGUUGAUUUCUGAUUUAGUCAAAAUGUAUUUUACAGUGGUAUACAGGGUGCAUUACAUUUAGUAUCUUUUGAAGUUUCUCCCAAACCCUGAAAGAGUUGGUAUAUUAUCUCCUUUUUUAAAUAGGAAAACACUGAGGCUUAGAAAAGUUAAGUAACUUGCUCAUAGUUCUCAAGCAAUUCAAGGAAAAAUCUGAAAUACAAUCUAAGUCUACCUAAAUGUAAUGCCUGAGUUUUUAACCAAUAUAGUGUAUUGGCAUUACCUGGUAGCAUUGUUUUUCUAAGAAAGAAAGUGAAAUUUAUCUAUGAUUUCUACUUCUAUUGCAUGAAUUAAAUGCCCAUGUAAAAAUGUAA